UCAUUCCGUCUGACAACACAAGUUGGUUAUCUGACUAGCAAGCUAAUUUGAAACACUCAUCUUGUAAGGAAUACACGAGUCACGUUCAAAAUGUCUGGUCUGGAGGAAAUUCCACCUUCCCAUUUGGACAACCAAGAUGAGGACGGAAUGAACGUAGAGGGUAUGGAUGGAGAAUCAGAUAUAAACUAUGAUGAUGAGCCCCUAAGAAGAGGAGGAUAUUUGUUUUACAGAGAUCGGACGGAAUGGUCUGAUCUAGAGCCUGUCCCCCAAGACGAUGGGCCUAACCCUGUUGUGAAAAUUGCUUAUUCUGACAGAUUCACAGAUGUUUAUGACUACUUCCGUGCACUCCUGAAAAACGAUGAGAAGAGUGAAAGGGCCUUUGCGCUGACAUCUGAAGCCAUUGAUCUAAAUGCGGCCAACUACACAGUAUGGCACUACCGUAGAGUUUUAAUACAGGCUUUGGAGAAGGACCUACGAGAGGAGAUGAGAUACAUCACAAAUAUAAUAGAGGACCAACCGAAGAAUUACCAAGUCUGGCACCAUCGACGUAUGAUUGUGGAGUGGCUGAAGGAUCCGACUGAAGAGCUGGAGUUCAUAGCUGACAUUCUCAGCCAGGAUAGUAAAAAUUACCACGCCUGGCAACACAGACAGUGGGUCAUCCAGGAGUAUAAGCUGUGGGAUGGGGAGCUGGAGUACGUGGAGGAGCUGCUGGAGGAAGAUGUGCGGAACAACUCUGCAUGGAACCAGAGACACUACGUCAUCUCCCAUACCACCGGCUACUCGGAUGCCACCAUCCUCGACAGAGAAGUCCAAUACACUCUCAUACAGAUUAAGAAAGCUCCCCACAAUGAAAGUGCAUGGAACUAUCUGAAAGGCAUUCUGCAGGACAGGGGUAUGAGCUCUCACCCGGGUCUGCUGGAUCAGGUGCAGGAGCUGAAGGAGACACACUGCUCGCCAUACCUCCUGGGCUUCCUGGUGGACUUGUACGAGGACGCCCUGGAGAGCGCCGCCGGUGGGGAGCAGAGCCAGGAGCAGACCCUGAGCAAGGCCCUGAAGCUGUGUGAGGAUCUGGCCCAGGAAAAGGACACCAUCAGAAAGGAGUACUGGAGAUACAUCGCUCGCUCACUCCACAGCAAGUACGGCUCCGGAGAGAUGCCCUCCAACCCGCAAUCCUCCAACCCCCCCAGAGCAGAGCUGGACCAGGCCCCCAGCGAUGCCUGAUGGGAGACCGCCGGCCGCAGCAUGUCCGUUAGCCCAGCGCAUACUUAUUUGAAACACAGAAAAAAAGAGACAGAAACACAAAACAAAACAAAAAAAAAACGAGAAGUUACUGGGGAAAAAAGAUACCACGUCCGCAAGGCAAAGCCAUAGUUCCUGCGUUGGGUGACUACCUGACCAAGAGCAGUGCUUCCCAGCUGAAGAGACAAUCUGCAAAUGUUUUAACUUGAGUAACCAUGGUGUUUGUUAAGAGAAAAUGAAUUGAGAGAGACCUAAACUGUAUGUUUAGAUGUAGGUUGCAGUAGACUACAUGUUCAGAGAUUUGGAAGGAGUAUUGUAAUGAUAUGAAAGAUGGGGGGGGGGGGGGGGGGGGGCUUUGAGGUAACGUGCACUUCUGUUGUCCAUGGGUGUGGUUUUCGGUGAGCUUUUGUGUACUGUGUAGCUUUGUGUAUGCUCCAACGAACAGGACUAAACUCAAUGUGUACUAACAAACACCAAGAGGCUUCUCUUUUGCCAAAUCACUGCACUGUAUUAAUGAAGUCAUGAUUGCGUUAGAUGAUCUUUAGAGAACAUCUUUUUGUAUGCUUAGAAUUAAUAAUGGUCAUCUUUAUUUAAAAAAAAACAAACAAAGAAUCCAGACGUGUCUGUUUGUAUGAAUGUGUCAGAUCUAGGGAAGGCAAUGGUAUGCGCUGUUGGACUUAUAUCAGCUUUAACCUGUUUGAAAUCUGCCCUUGGUCUGUUGCCGUAUCAGCUGUUACCUAGCUACCAACUGAACAGAAACUUGAUGUGUGCAAGUGGUAGGAAUAUGGACAUGUUAUGUCUUUAGUGGGGCAUGUGCUAGGAAUAUAGACAUGUUGUGGCUUUAGUGGGGCAUGUGGUAGGAAUAUAGACAUGUUGUGGCUUUAGUGGGGCAUGUGGCUACAUCUUCAUUUAGCUAAUUGGCUUUGAAUAUAAGUACGAUUUAUAUAGCUGGGGUUAGGAGCAGCUUUUAAAUCACAGCCAUCUUCGCGAGGCUUUCUUAUGUGUUUCAUUCUCUGCGUGUUUGAUGUGGCUGCUGUUGAUGUGGCUUUGAAAGCCACUGCUUACACCCAUAGGACAACAUGGCCUGACUUGGGGUUGUAUUGUGUUUCUCUCGAUCUCUAUCUCUAGCUCUCUUUCUCUGAUAAUUCUGAAUGUGUCAGCCUUUAUUUUCAAGGAGAAAAACAACUGGGCGCCUUAUGAUGACGCAGUUGUCACCUCAAGACAGGUGAUCAUGUAAUGUAUUAUUCCCAAGUAAAUUGCUUUUGGUGA